AUGUUGUCGACAACGCGCUUGGGAGUCACGAGAGCGCUUCGUGGGCAGUUCGGCCGCAGUCAUGCAGCUCGAUCUUUUGCUCAAAGCGCAUAUCAGUGUCAAGGCCUCAAUGAGGGCCAGCAGCAUGAUCGCACGACUCACUUCGGCUUCGAGACUGUCGCGGAGGCCGAGAAGGAGGGGCGAGUUCGAGACGUCUUCUCCUCCGUCGCGGCGUCCUACGACCGAAUGAACGACCUCAUGUCCCUGGGCAUACAUCGCCUUUGGAAAGGCAACUUCGUUCGCUCGCUCAACCCCGGUCGAGCCGACAGCGAGAAGGGUUGGAACAUCCUCGACAUCGCUGGCGGCACUGGCGACAUUGCCUUCCGCAUGCUAGACCACGCGACGAACAUCAAUCAAGACAUGAAUACAAGAGUCACGAUAUCUGAUAUCAAUCCCGACAUGCUCGAGGAAGGCCGCAAGAGAUCCUUGCAGACGCCCUACGGCAACACAGAUCGCCUGAGCUUCCUACAGGGUAAUGCUGAGUCGCUGCCCACAGUCGAGUCAAAUUCAGUCGAUCUCUAUACUGUCGCCUUUGGCAUCCGUAACUUCACCGACAAAGACGCUGCUCUACGAGAAGCGUUCCGUGUGCUCAAGCCUGGCGGUGUCUUCGCGUGCUUGGAGUUCAGUCAUGUCAACAGCGCGGUCUUCAAUGCAGUCUACAAGAGAUGGAGCUUCGGAGCGAUACCACUGAUCGGACAGCUGGUCGCGGGUGACCGGGACAGCUAUCAGUACCUGGUUGAAAGCAUCGAGCAGUUCCCAACGCAGGAAGCAUUCAAGGACAUGAUACAGAAUGCUGGAUUUUUGACGCCUGGCCAAGGCUACGAGAACUUGAGCAUGGGCAUUGCCAGCAUUCACAAGGGUGUGAAGCCUGUCUGA